AUGGUUCUAAUUAGCGACAAGAAAUAUGCCUGUGAAACAUGUAUCAAAGGCCACCGCUCGUCGGCCUGCAAACACACCGACCGACCACUCUUCGAAAUCAAGAAAAAGGGUCGUCCGGUCACCCAAUGCGAGCACUGCAGAGAAUUACGAAAAACAAAACAAGUCCACGUCAAAUGCAUAUGUGAAGUGAAAGAACCGCCCUCCCCCACCUCCCUCCCCGGAAAGCCAAAGAAAAAAGGCACUCCCGUUAUCCCUGCCGAGGCCGCCUUCCCUCAUGGCGUGCCACAAGAACUAGCGUCAGACUCUGAACAAGGGGGCUCAGCGCCCUCUUUAUCGGGUUGUAGCUGUAAUGCUGGCACUGGAGAGUGUCACUGCUGUACUCCUCGUACUCGCCCCAGCCAACGCAAGCCAUCAGCACCCACGAGUACCAUUCCCAGUCCCACUCAACCCUCUUCCCCCAACCCCGAUUCGCCCAGCAAAGACCAUCGCACCCCAUCCCAUCAUAUUCUCGCUCGAAUUGCGGAACUUCGGCCCGUUCUCCCACGAAUGUCCGCUCGUGAUGCUGCCCUCCAAGCCCAGACAGGUGGUCAACAUGAUCUCUUCCACGGCUCAGGCCAUCAUCAUGCCGACCAUUUCUCUCCAUACGGACGAGCCUAUGCCCACGAAGGCGGAUUUUAUCAACAAGAUGCCCGCAGUGUGGAGUCACUUGUCAGCGUCAACUCGAUAUCUUCCCAUCUCAGCAGUCGUAGCCAAGGGAAGAACGUUAAAGCAGGCUCCAAAGGCCAAGCCGAACACGCCCAUGGCCCACGUAGCGCGUCCUUUGAUGGUCAACCGGGGACAUUCUCGGGCUUCUUCGGCGUUAACCAAGUACCACAAGCACAAGCGGAAUGGCGUUUACCACCGAGUCUAACACGAGCCUCCGGCGAACCAGCCCCAUACCCCCGUUCAGAACCCUCAUUCCCCCUUACCGAAGACGUCUCUGGGUUUGAAGGUAAUGCCUAUCCACGGUCUGAGGGUGGAGCUCAGCAAGAGCGGGUUACUCAAGAUAUGACCAACAUGCGAAUGUGCGGUUGCGGAGAGACUUGCGCUUGUCCUGGUUGUGCUUUGCACAAUCCAACGAACAGGAGUACGAGCUCAAGCCCUCGCGGUUGUGUCGAUGCUGCUUGUGGUGAUGCAUGUCUUGACUGCACCAUGUUGGAGUUAUCCGGCUUUACUAGCUUUGGCGAUGCCCCGACCAAGAAGGAAGAUGAUAUGUCAUCCCCAUUCGAGCCCUUCGAGAACGAAAUACCGACACAACCACCUGAAGCCCAAGUACGACUGGAAAGCUAUGACAUCGACGCCGAACGAUUUGAUAUUGAUCUUGAACUCGAAAAUUACGAUCCUGGGGUCCCAUAUGGGCCGGUCAACGCAUUUGAGCAAAUCGAUGAGUGGAUCCAAGCACUACCGCCUCCACCACCUUCGGGAACGGUCCAGUCCCCAUUCGAAUUCCCCGAAGGAGAACUCGCCUUAGAACAUUCACCUGGCGGUUUUGACUUGCAGGGCGCAGCUCCACCGACCUGGGGAUCGAUUCAAAUGUUCGACGUUGACGCUGAACAAAUGUCUCUUGCGGGUGGUCCCUCGACUCAUCAGCGAAGCGCGAGUAGCGAAAGUCGAUUGACUGGACUAAGUGGUACUUCUCCGGACUUGCCCGGUUUGGCAUUUUCCCAUUCACGCGGGAGUAGUGGCGCAUUCCUUACCGUGCCCGGUCCAGACGACCACCGCAGGAGUCGAAGCUCGAGUUCCGCUUCAUCCGAUGUCUCUUCGGGUAUCUUUGGUGGGGCCGCCGCCGCCUUCAGUCCCGGAAGUACACCACUCGAGCACGGGCAACUCCCAGCGACCAAACAAUUGCAGCAGCCGCCGCCGAUGGAGUUGUCGAUGAUGGUGAUGCAGCACCCAGUCCUGACGAUCUUCCCGCCUCCGCCUGUGUCUGGAAUUGCGGUCAGCGAGUUUAUGGAUGACGAACAGAUGUCUUUCUACUAG